AUGGAUGUGGUGGUGGCUUCGUCGUCGAUCGAAGCAGGCAUCGGCUGCUGGGACCUACACACCGGUGCCGAGCAGCUCCGCUACAAGCUCUGCGCCUCUCCGCCUCACGGCCUUGUCUGCGUCGGUCAACGGUUCCUCGCCUCGUCUCAGCUCCGCGAGCCCUCCGCCUCCGGCUCUGUCCAGUACUGGUCUUGGUCUAAGCCUCAAGUUGAUGUUAAGAGCUUCCCAGCAGAGCAAAUCAAGCCGCUCGCUGCUAACAGUGAGGGCACGUAUAUUGUUGGCGGAGGUUUAUCUGGGAAUAUCUAUUUGUGGGAGGUUGCUAGUGGUAGACUGCUUAAGAAAUGGCAUGCUCACUACAGAGCUGUCAGUUGCUUGGUAUUUUCAGAUGAUGACUCUCUUCUAAUUUCGGGGUCGGAGGAUGGAGGCAUUAGAGUUUGGUCCCUUUUAUUAAUAUUCGAUGAUUUUCAAAGGCAACAGCGAAGCCAACUAUACGAGCAUAAUUUUAAAGAGCACACUCUAUGUGUAACAGAUGUCGUCACAGGAUAUGGUGGAGGCAAUGCCAUUAUCGUGUCUGCGUCACUGGAUCGCACAUGUAAUGUUUGGAGUAUAUCGAAAGGGAAACACUUGAGAAAUAUUGUUUUCCCCACAAUAGUUGAUGCAAUUGCACUGGAUCCUGGUGAACAUGUCUUCUUUGCCGGUGGUAGAGAUGGCAAGAUAUACGUUGCUGCACUUAAUGCUGAAAGCACAUCUGACAGCAAGUAUGGGUUGCAUAUCAUCGAUUGUUUCUCAAAUCACAGCAAUGCUGUAACUUGCUUAGUGUACAGUAUUUCUGGAAAUUAUUUAAUUUCUGGAUCGGAGGAUGGCGUGAUUCGAGUUUGGGAUGCUAAAUCUCAUAACAUUGUCCGUGUGUUGAAACAUGCAAAAGGUCCAGUGAACAAUAUUCUAGUCAUUAGACAGCAACUUUCUCAGAUGAAUUUGCAAUCUUCCUACAGAAGGCAGGGUUCAUCAUUGCCGCCUCCACUGGAAAAGUAUCCAAUAGUUGAAGACCCAACAGACCUUAAGGCUGUGAUUGGUCGCCAGGCUACAUGCAGUAAUUCUACAGAAGCAUUGUACCUCAGGUCUGAUGUGAUUAAUGGCCAAAUCAAAGAGCUUCAGCAACAAGGUUCUGCCUCAGCCGAAAUGGAGAUCGAGAGACUAAAGCAUGAUUACGAAAGAUCAAUACAAACGGUUCAGCAGUGGAAGAAAAUGUAUGACAACUUGCAUCAGUUCUGUGUAAAUGAGCUUUUGGAUGGUGAUCAAGUAGGAAUCCCAAAUGGAAAUGCCGCCUGA